AUGAUGAGAUCAGAAGAUGAUCAGGGGAUUACUAUAUCAUCAUCAAAUUAUAGGAGAUGCCAAGACUGUGGAAAUCAAGCAAAGAAAGAUUGUCCAUUUUUAAGAUGCAGAACUUGCUGCAAAAGUCGAAGGUAUCAGUGUCAAACUCAUGUCAAGAGCACUUGGAUCCCUGUCUCUACAAGGCGUCCAAGGCACCUUUCCACUAUUCAACAACCAAACCCUAAAAGAUACAGAGAAAAUCAAAAUCCUGCUGCACUGUUACAAACAGAAGGAGAAGAAGAACUUCCAGCAGAAGUGAGUUUACCGGCAGUGUUUCGGUGUGUCCGAGUAAGUUCACUAGACAAUCUGGUGGAUCAAUAUGCCUAUCAGACAUCAGUGAACAUAGCAGGACAUGUCUUUAAAGGGAUAUUAUAUGAUCAAGGCCCUGACGAUGAUGACAAUAUACCUAAGGAAACAUCCUCAAGGGGCUUCCACCAACAUUUACUUACAACAAAUUUAACAACACCAUCUACUUCUUACCCUACUCCUUUUACUAAUUUCAUGCCUGAAGAGGGCCGUUCACAGUUUAGACUCAUGCGGGCUAGGAGUGACAUGCACUUUAAGCUCAUGCCUUAA